AAGAACCAGGAGCAUUAGAAGAUGAGAACAAAAGAAAAAGAUUAAAACUCUUUAACAAUAAUGAAAAAAAUUUUGCUGAUUUUGGCGUACAAGUUGAACCAACUUCUAUCGACUUUGGAGUUCAAGUAUCUUUGUCAACUAUCAAUGUUGGAGUUCAAGUAUCUUUGCUGACCGUUGACUUUGGAGUUCAAGUAUCUUUGCCGGAUCUAAAAUAUGAAAUUCUUUUAGAACAAAUUAGUAAGCUAGAAAAUGCUAAUACACAAUUGUUAGCUGAAAAUAAAGCAUUAAAAAAAAAGUUAUGCGAAAGAUUUACUAACCAACAAGAUCGCAUUAAGUCUAUUAUAGAAAUUGCCAAAAAGGAACAAAAUAAUUUGUAUAAAGAUAUAGAAAAUGCAAUUCAUAAAGAACUUACUAACUAUCUUUUAGUUAUUUUAAAAGAACUUCUUCUUGAGAAAAAUCAGGAAACAAAUGCGAUUAACGACUUGGUAAACUCUCAAAGCCAGAUAGGAAAUAUGAAAAAAUGCCAUUUUGGUAAAGUCUCCGAUAUCGAUAAUAAGAAGCAG